AUGCACUUUAAAAAACUCAAUACGUAGAAUUAAGCGCUACCUUAGCAUUGAUCCAAAACCUAACGGAAGGCUUUAUUUAAAGCCUAUUGCUAUUAUUCUACUUUUAAAACGAUCUGAUUGGUGUAGAUCGUUUGAUGCGAUCUGA